AUGGGCCUUAACGGUCUGCAUCUUCUGUCUCUUCUGCUGCUGACCCAAGGAGUUCAACUUGCUCAAGGAGGUUGUAGCAGUGAAGAAUUUCAGUGCGCUAGUGGACAAUGCAUCGACAUCGAUUGGAGGUGCGAUGGGACAAACGACUGCACGGAUGACUCAGAUGAGCUGGAGUGUCCAUCUCCAUCGUGCACCCUGCAGGAAUUUAAAUGUGUAACAAGCGGUCAAUGCAUCCCUUCAGAACUUGUCUGCGAUGGGGAGGAAGACUGCGUCGAUGGCUCAGAUGAACAAAGAGCCUGUGCUGGACAGACCUGCAGCCCAGACCAGUUCACCUGCAAGGAGGGCCAGUGCAUCCCUAGUGAAUACAGAUGUGACCAUGUGAAGGACUGCGUGGACAACUCUGAUGAGAACGACUGCGUCUAUCCACAUUGCACUGAGAAGACGUGCGCGAAUGGGGCCUGUUACAAACAUUCUCAGCACUGCAAUGGGCUAUGGGACUGCAGAGAUGGCUCUGAUGAAUUCAACUGCACAAUACAGCAUUGUUCCCUCCACGAGUACCAGUGUGCAAAUGGCUUCUGUGUUAUACUUUCCGUGGUGUGUGACCACUUGGACGACUGCGGGGACGGCAGUGACGAGCAGGGCUGUGUGUACCAGAGCUGCAGCGGCAAUGAGUUCACAUGCUCCAGUGGCCGUUGUAUUCCUCAGCGCUGGGUGUGCGACCAGUACAACGACUGUGGGGACUACAGUGAUGAGAAAGGAUGUGAUAGUAACUCUCGGGACUGUUACCCUGGUGAGUGGGGAUGCCCUGGCUCCACAUUAUGUAUACCAGUGGACAAAGUGUGUGACGGCAAGCCAGACUGUCCUGGAGGAACAGAUGAGACCAACUCCACAGCGCAGCACACCUGCAGCCUGGUUCGGUGCUCCACAUUAAGCUGCGAGUACCUCUGCCACCAGUCUCCCCAGGGAGGUACUUGCUAUUGCCCUGAUGGUUUUACCGUAGCCAAUGACAGCCGUUCCUGUGUAGACUAUGAUGACUGUCAGAUCUGGGGGAUCUGCGACCAGCUCUGUGAAGAUCGUCCUGGGACACACCACUGUAGCUGUGCUGAUGGAUAUUUCUUGGAGCAGGGUCAUAUCUGCAAAGCCAAUGUGUCAGAUGGACUUCCCCAGCUCAUUUUUACCAACGGGGGUGAUGUGAUGAUGGCUGACAUACACGGGCGCGUUGUCAGAACUCUGGUGCCGUCCCAGGGCAAAGGUUUUGCUGUAGGGGUGGCGAACCACUGGAACAGUGAGACAGUCUUCUGGAGUGAUUCAUAUACCAAAAAGGUAUACUCUCGCAAAUACAAUGGGGGUGACAUUACGGAGGUUCUGACUACUGCAGUCAACGAUGUCCAGAACCUCGCCGUGGACUGGGUCAACGCUAAACUCUAUGUCUUAGAGGCCAUGAUGGAGCGCAUCGACAUGUGUGACUUGAAUGGAGACAAUCGGGUCACACUGGUGGCUGAAAACCUGCAAGCUCCUCAUGGCCUCGCCCUGGACCCUACAGUGGGCUACAUGUUCUUCACAGACAAGGGUUUUCUCAAUGAGCAGAUGAAGCUAGAACGUGCCUUCAUGGAUGGCAGCAAUCGUGUUGAGCUGGUGAAGGACAGACUUGGCAUUCCUACAGGAAUUACCUUAGAUAUUGUCACUCAGAGGGUCUACUGGUCUGACAGCCACUUUGACACGGUGGAGACUGUCACCUACAGUGGUUUGCACAGGAAAUUGGUCCUCUCCGGUGCAACCCAGGCUCCCCAUCCUUUCGGAAUUGCUGUGUUUGAAAACCAUGUAUUCUUCACUGACUGGAGCAAGAUGGGUGUGUUGAGAGCCAACCGCUUCAACGGCAGCGACCCAACACUUCUAUAUCGUGCUGUAAAUCAACCUGGUCAUGUUGUAGUCUCACACCCUGUCUUGCAACCAUUUGUGAUAAGCCCUUGCGGCAGACACAACGGUGGCUGUCAGCACAUUUGUGUGUUGAGUCACCGCACCGACAAUGACGGUCUGGGCUUCCGCUGCAAGUGUCGCCAUGGCUAUGAUCUUCAGCCUGACCGUCGUUCCUGCUUUAAGGUGAAGGACUUCUUGUUGAUGGCCACCUCUCUCGGGGUGAGGGGAAUCCCACUGAACCUGUCCCUGCAGGAGGACGUCACCCUGCCCCUCUCAGGGCUCGGGACGGCUUUCUCUGGCUCUGCUGUGGAGUUUGAUGGCAACGAAGGAGCCAUUUUCUACAACGACAAGUCCAACAGCCUUGUCUAUAAGUCGAACCUCGAUGGCACUGUCCAACAGAUUUUGACAGGCAACAGAGUGGGAAUAAUUGAUGCCAUGGCUUAUGACUGGACCGCCAAAGUCUUGUUUUGGACUUCAAGCUCCUACAAGUCAGUGGUAGCCUUCAGAGUCACAGACAAAUCCAGACGAGACAUUGUAACAGGAGUGAGGAACCUAAAAGGAAUUGCAGUGCAUCCUGGUGCUGGCUUCUUGUUUUGGUCUGACUGGUACCGCCCAGCGGUCAUAAUGAGAGGCUUCUGUGACGGUAGCAAUGCUGUUCCUCUGGUCAACACAACGCUGGGAUGGCCAUACGGACUCGCUGUUGAUUAUGCGAAGGACAGGCUGUACUGGGUGGAUUCCCAGUUGGACCAGAUUGGUCACAUUAGCAUUCACGGAUAUGACAGACAAACGUUUACCAAUAUUGGUCAGCUCACUCAGCCCUUCUCUCUAACAGUUUACACAGACUACCUGUAUGUGUCUGAUACAAGGACCAGAGCAGUAUUCGAGAUGAGGAAGAGGGAUGGAGGUGGGAGCUUUAUGAUCAGACAAGGAGUCACCGGCAUCAUGAAUGUUAAGGCCUACACAGCUGACCUCCACAGCACGAUCACCAGCCAGUGCAAUAAGCUUCCCAAUGGCCACUGCAGCCACUUUUGUUUCCCAACGCCGUCCCUCGGUCGAGUGUGUGGUUGUCCAUACGGCAUGAAACUUCAGGACAAUCAAAUGGACUGCAUCAAGGACGACUCUGUUCCCCCGCCGGAUACCAUCUGUGGUGACUACGCCACUGAGUGUGAUGAAGGACGCUGUACACCCAACACCUACUUCUGCGAUGGAAUCAUCGAUUGUAUAGAUAAGACUGACGAGGCCAACUGCACCAAUGCAGGAGCAACCUGCUCUCCACACGCAUUCACCUGCGAGAACAAGCACUGCAUCAAUCCCAAUUGGCGCUGCGAUGGCAUGGACGACUGUUAUGAUGGUUCUGAUGAAAUAAACUGUCCCACUCAACUCCCUACCACCUGUGCUGCCAGCUCAUUUACCUGUGAUAACAACAAAUGUGUCUCUAAAGAAUUCCUGUGUGAUGGUGUCAAUGACUGUGGUGAUGGCUCUGAUGAACACGACUGCGAUUCAGCCAUUACUACAUGCCCUCCUUCCUUCUUCCUGUGUCCCGACCACCGCUGUCUCCUCGAAACCUAUGUGUGUGAUGGAGACCAGGACUGCCUGGAUGGCUCUGAUGAGAAAGACUGUGAAUUUUCCUGUACCUCCUUUGAGUUUGCCUGUGCCAGUGGAGACCAGUGUGUUUCUUUAAGUUAUCAGUGUGACGGAGUGUUUGACUGCAGGGACCAUUCUGAUGAACGAGGCUGUCCCACUCGAGGUCCAGGCCUAUGCCACAAUGAUGAGUUCCAGUGCCAGAGCGACGCUUUCUGCAUACCAGACAAGUGGGAGUGUGACGGCCAUCCAGACUGUGCGGAUGGAUCCGAUGAACACAACUCCUGUCCGCCUGUCACCUGCACAACCAACAAUUUCCAGUGUGCCAACAAGCUGUGCAUCCCGACAGACUGGUUGUGUGAUGGUAAUAAUGACUGUCUGGACAUGAGUGAUGAACAGAACUGCCCCACCCCUCCAUUUAGCUGUCCCUCCGGCCAGUGGCAUUGCCCCACCAGCCAGCUGUGCAUUGACCUGGACAAGGUGUGCGACGGCCAGACGGACUGCCCCAGUGGAGCAGAUGAGUCACCUCUCUGCAACCAAGAUGACUGUGCACUGAACAACGGGGGCUGCAGUGACAGCUGUGUCCAAGGACCAUUUGGAGCUGAGUGCACCUGUCCAUCAGGAUUUCAGCUCCUCAACGACUCCAAGACCUGUGAGGACAUCGACGAGUGUCUGAUCCCUGGCUUCUGCAGCCAGCAGUGUUACAACGAGAGAGGAGGCUUCCGGUGCCACUGCUCACACGGUUACGUUCUAGAUCCUGAUGGACGCACCUGCAGAGCCGCAGACAAACUGUCAGCUGUACUGCUGGUUGCCAAGCGUAGCGAGGUCAUUGCCCAGCGGAUCAACUGGAGACCACCCCUGAUGCAUCCAGUGGCCCGCGGUUCAAGCAUUGUGACUGUAGACUUUGAUCACGUAACUUCCAGAAUCUACUGGGCUGAUGCCUCGCAGAAGAAGAUAUGGAGCGCCUAUGAGAACGGCACAGACACAAAGGAGGUGUUCUCCUCUGGUCUGAUGGUACCAGAGAGUAUAGCUGUGGACUGGGUGGGUCGGAACCUUUAUUGGACCGAUUCUGUCAUGGAGAACAUUGAGGUCUCCACACUGGAUGGUCGAUUCCGGAAAGUUCUUCUAACCAAGAAUAUUACCAGCCCCCGUGGACUGGUUUUAGACCCCCGUAAUCACACCAACCUCAUGUUCUGGUCAGACUGGGGUCAGAACCCCAGGAUCGAGCGGGCUGCCAUGGAUGGAGAUAUGAGAAGAGUCAUUGUCGACACUAAGCUCUACUGGCCCAACGGCCUGACCGUGGACUACACCACACACAGGGUCUACUUUGCUGACGCCUACCUCAAGUAUAUUGACUACUGUGACUAUGAUGGCAAUAACCGCUAUCAGGUCAUGGCAAGUGCCUUGGUUCUCCAGCACCCGCAUAGUAUGACAAUCUUUGAGGACAACAUCUAUUGGACGGAACGCUACACCAGCAAGGUGAUGACGACGAACAAGUUCCACGGUGGCAACAUCACUAUUCUGAUGAACGAUGUGAUCGAGCCCAUGGGCAUCGUUAUGGACCAUCCCAUCAAGCAGCCCGAAGCCAUAAACCCAUGCAGAGAGCACCUGUGCAGUCAGCUGUGCCUGCUAGCAGCCGUGAGACCCAGGUACUACACCUGCCACUGUCAGUCUGGCUGGAAGCUGGAUACUGACAAACGCACCUGUAUCAAAGAUGAGACUCCCUUCUUGAUGGUGGAAAGAGAUUCAGUGAUUUUUGGCAUUCCUCUGGACCCCACUGAUCCUUCCCUCAAUGCAAUGGCCCCUGUGUCAGGCAUUAGCCAGGGGCGUGACAUUGACUUCGAUGACCAGGAGCAGAUUGUCUUUUGGGUGCAGAGCACUGGUUCCAUAUGGCAAGUGAAAACCAGCGGUACCGACAGGUCUGAGUUUGCUCCAGCUGCAAUCAUGGGCUCACCAUCCGGUCUGGCUUUUGAUUGGCUAGGACGAAUGAUGUAUUACACCAAUCCCACUAGUAAAGCCAUAGAGGUUAUCCGUGUGGAUGGAAACCAGCACUAUAGGAAGACCCUCAUCACCUCCACUGGUAAACCAGAGGCAGUGGGAGAGCCCGUUGGAAUAGCACUGGAUCCAGUCAGAGGGAAAUUGUUCUGGACAGACAAGGGGUCAGACAGUGGAGUUCCUCCAAAGGUUGGCAGUGCUGACAUGGACGGAGGAAACCUCAAGAGCCUCUUCACAGGAAACCUGGCUAACAUAGGGUUCAUCGCUGCUGACCCCUCUACCAGUAAACUGUACUGGGGCGUGGCUGGCUCAGGCUUGGUAUGUACAGUGUACAUGCUCAACAUACUCUCAGUUACUAUACCCCUUUCCCCGUUUGCCCAGAUCGAGAGCGGCACCAUGGACGGAGCAACCCGGGUGACACUGAACCACCUCUACUACUCCGACCUGGACUACGAGGUCAUUGAGAGGGUGGACAAGGACACCGGUUCCAAUAUGGUGGUGAUGAGGAGUGGCAUGUCUGGCCUCCGUGGAAUCAAAGUGUACGCCAGAGACAAGUCGACAGGGACCAGCAACGCCUGCAGCUCCAACAAUGGGGGCUGUCCCCACCUCUGUCUGCCCAAACCAAACAAUCAAAAGAGCUGUGCCUGCACCGCGGGCUUUUUUCCGUCUCAAGAUGGCUCCCAGUGUCAACAGUAUGAGUCUUUCGCAAUUGUCUCCACCCCCAAUUACGUGCGUGGCUUCCACAUAAACAGCUCCGACCACUCUGAGGCUAUGGUGCCUGUCGGUGGACCUUCCUACUCCAUGAAGGGCAGUUUGGACCUCCAUAUCGAGUCUGGCUUUGUAUACUGGACUGACAACAGCACCUCCAUCGCAUACAAGGGUAUCUUCCGAGCCAGAACAGAUGGAGGGAGUUACAGCAGUGUCGUCAACUCAGGCAUUGGAAGAAGAGGCAUUCAGGGCCUCGCUGUAGACUGGAUUGCGGGUAACUUAUACUUCACCAAUGCCUUUGAGGACGAGUCCUUCCUGGAGGUGCAGGCCAUCAACACCACCUACCGAAUGAUUCUCAUCAAGUCCUCCCAGGAUCAGCCCCGUGACGUGGCUGUCAGCCCCAAGCUGCGCUACCUCUUCUGGACUGUUAGUGGUCAAACACCCAAGAUUGAGCGGGCCCUGCUGGAUGGCACCAACCGUACUGUGUUGGCAUCAGAAAGCCUGGGGUCACCUCGCGGCCUUACUGUUGAUUACACCAAUGAUUUCCUCUACUGGACAGAUGAUGUCCUUGAUAUGAUCUCCCGAAUGGCCACAGACGGCACACAGAGGCAGAUUGUCCGGUAUGGGAGCCGGUAUCCGUCUCCAACAGGAAUGGCUAUUUUUGGAAACUACAUGCUGUGGGUGGAUAAAAAGCUUGAGAAGCUCUUCCAGGCCAGUAAGGACCCUGCCAAUUCUGACCAGCCAGAGGUAAUUCGAGACAGUCUUGGUGGGCUGUUGGACGUCACUGUCUUUGACACUCAUGUCCAGCCUACAUCUGCCAACCAGGUGGGCUUUAACCCGUGCCACGAAGAUAACGGACGGUGCCAGCAGCUCUGCUUUGCCAUUCCAGACCAGGAGAAACCAAAAUGUGCUUGUGCACAUGGGUCACUCCUUAGUAAUGGAGUAUCUUGUGGCUACGGACUGGAUGAGUUUCUAGUUUUCACCACAGACUACACGCUGAAUAGCUUGAGGCUAGACCCCACAGAUCACAGCACCCCCUUUCCAACAGUGAAUUUGGGCUACAACUUGAUGGCUUUGGAUUUUGACUUCAAGGAGAAGAGAAUUUUCUUCACCCAGUACAUCAGUAUAGGUCAAAGCAAAAUUGGCUACAUCACCACAUCAUCCACCACCAGCCCACCUGUCAUCAUAGCUACAAAUUUGGAUGACCCAGAAGGAUUGGCGUAUGACUGGGUCAACAAGCGUCUUUACUUCACUGACUACUACAGCCGCAACGUUCAGGCCAUUGGGGUGGACGGGAUGAACCGCUCAGUCAUCGCCCAUGCAGAUCGUCCCAGAGGCAUCAUUGUUGACCCCUGCUAUGGUUACCUGUACUGGACUGACUGGGGCACUCCAGCUAAGAUUGAGAGGGCCACACUGGGUGGAAACUUCCGCACCGCCAUCGUCAACAGCAGCCUGACAACACCCAAUGGCCUGUCUCUGGAUUAUGAUGAAAGGAUGCUCUACUGGGCUGAUGCCACGUUGAAUAAGAUCGAGCGGGCCACUCUGACCGGUGGGAACCGACAAGUGAUCCUGCAGGGGGUCGAACACCCAUUCGCCCUGACUGUCUUCCAACAGGACAUCUUCUGGACCGACUGGACGGAGAGAGCCGUCUUCAGGGCCGGGAAGGAUGAUGGCUCUGGCUUUGCGGUGUUGGCCCAGGACCUGCAGUACCGACCAAACGACAUCCACGUUUAUGCAGCAUCAAAGCAGGAGAGCUGCUCCAGCUCCUGUCAGCAGUUCAACGGAGGCUGCAGUCAUGUCUGUGUCCCAGGUCCAUCGGGUCCAGAGUGCCAGUGUCCUCAUGAGGGUAAUUGGUACCUGGCCAACAACGGCAAAGACUGCAUCCAAGACACAGGCAAACGCUGCCAGCCACAGCAGUUCACCUGUCUCAAUGGUAACUGCAUCUCGGCAAACUUUAAAUGCGACGGCUUCGACGACUGCCGUGACAACUCAGAUGAGCUGGAGAGACUAUGUGCCUUCCACACCUGCUCGCCCAUUUACUUUACCUGUGACAGUGGGCGCUGCGUGCCGCUUCUGUUCACCUGCGACUACAAGGAUGACUGUGGCGACAACAGUGACGAGCAGGGCUGCCUCUUCCCCACAUGUAACCCUGAUACUGACUUCACCUGUUCCAACGGACGCUGCAUCAGUAAAGACUUUCAGUGUAACGGCGCCAAUGACUGCAGAGACAACACCGUCUCGGAUGAAAUCGGCUGCCCUGACAGGACCUGUCCUGAAGGCCAGGUCAAGUGUGAAAACACCAAUAUCUGCAUUUUCCCUGAAGACAAAUGUGAUGGCUACAACAACUGUGGGGACAACAGCGAUGAGAAUCCUCUCUUCUGCGAGGGUCGUACAUGCUCUCCGGACCAGUUCCGCUGCGAUGAAGGGAAGUGUAUCCAUAUCUCUUUUGUAUGCGACUCCAUCACAGACUGCAAAGAUGGGACAGAUGAGCCUCCCUCCUGUGAGGAUGAAAUCAGAACAUGCAGCUCCAGCCAGUUCACAUGUACCAAUGGAAACUGCAUCCCCCAGUCUAUGGUUUGUGAUGGAAACAAUGACUGCGGGGACAACAGUGACGAGGCAACUGAACUGCAGUGUGGUGAACGUAUCUGCAGUUCUGACCAGUUCACCUGUCCAACCUGGCUCCCCGGCCACCCGCGCUGUAUAUCGAUGCACUUGGUGUGUGAUGGCGAGAAAGACUGCGCCAACGCGGCUGACGAGCUCCACAACUGCCCCAAUCGCACCUGCCAUAUGAACGAGUUUGCCUGUUCCAACGGGCGUUGCAUCCUCUUCAACUUCCACUGUGACCGUGUGAAUGACUGCGGGGACGGCAGUGAUGAGGUGGGCUGUUCUUAUGGAACGUGCAGCAGCUACCAGUUCACCUGCGGUAACGGAGCCUGCAUCUCCGCUUCCAGUGUCUGCGAUGGGUUAAGCGACUGUUUGGAUGGCUCAGAUGAGGUAGACAGCUUGUGCUUUACCCCCCAGCCCACCUGUGCCCCCCAGCAGUAUAUGUGCAUGUCAGGCCAGUGCAUCGACACCAGUAAGGUGUGCAACGGGCAGAUGGACUGCCAGGACAGCAGCGACGAAAAAGGCUGCGGAACCAAUGAAUGCAACGACCCAUCAGUCCACAAGUGUGCCCAGCUCUGCACCGACACCCUCACUGGUUUCUACUGCUCCUGCCACCCUGGGUACAGACUCAUGCCAGAUGGCAAAGCCUGCGAGGACAUCAACGAGUGUUUGACCACACCCGCCGUCUGCAGCCAGAUCUGCGAGAACGCUGUCGGCUCAUACCACUGCAAAUGUGCCCCUGGGUACAUCCGUGAAGCCGAUGGACGCACCUGUCGCCAGAACAGUGGCAUUGCCUCAUACCUGUUGUACAGUAAUCUCUACUACAUUCGCAAUCUGACCACCGAUGGAUCACAGUUGAGUAUAGUCCUGCAGGGGCUGUCCAAAGUGGUGGCAUUAGAUUUUGACCACUCUGAGCAGAGGCUGUACUGGCUGGAUGCAGGGAAAGGCAAGAUUGAGAGGAUGCGUUUAGACGGGACUGAAAGGGAGACGCUGGCGGAUGAUGAUGUGUUAGGAGCUGAAGGCCUGGCCCUGGACUGGGUGGGCAGGAAGUUGUACUGGUCAGACUCUAAUCAUGGCUCACUUCAUGUGAUGGAGCUGGAUGGGCGCUUCAAGAAGAAGCUGCUGACAGGAGCAUUCACAAAUGGAAAUGACACUUAUAUUAUCAGCGAACCUCAGGCUGUGGCUGUGAACCCUAAAUAUGGAUGGCUGUACUGGACCGACUGGGGUGACACAGCAUAUAUCGGCAGAGCUGGCAUGGACGGAAGCAAUAUCAGUGCCAUCAUCACAACCAAGCUGCUGCAGCCUCAUGCUCUGACCAUAGACUACACCACCAACAAGAUCUUCUUUGCUGAUUCCCACCUUAACUUUCUGGACUUUGCAGACAUGGACGGCCAGAACCGCCACCGGGCCAUUGUUGGUACACUUCCCCAUGUCUUUGCUGUUUCCCUGUUUGAGGACUUUGUUUACUGGACAGACUGGAACACUCACACAGUGGAGAAAGCUCACAAGUACACUGGCGAACAGCGAACAAUCAUGGGCAACAACACACACCGGCCCUAUGACAUUCACGUCUACCACCCCUACAGGCAGCCUCAAAGUGAAAACCCCUGCUCCUCCCAUCACCUGACCUGCAGUCAUUUGUGUCUGAUCGCGGCUGGUGGGGAGCAGGCUUUCUGCGAAUGUCCAGAUCACUUCAUCGCCCUCAGUGUGGGCUUCACUAUCCAGUGUGUCGCCGAAUGCUCCAGCACCCAGUUCCGCUGUGGGGACAAUGAGAAGUGUAUUCCUAUAUGGUAUAAGUGUGACGGCCAGUCAGAUUGCGGUGAUGGCUCAGAUGAACCUCAGACCUGCCCCCCCCGUUUUUGCCCCAUUGGCCAGUUCCAGUGUCAGGACGGCAACUGUAGCUACUCCGGCUUCAUCUGCGAUGGCAGCCCAGACUGCCCUGACAGUUCAGACGAGGAUGCAGCUCUCUGCAGUGACCACCGAUGCCAGGAAAACCAGUUCCAGUGUGCAAACAAGAAGUGCAUCCCUGUGUCCGCGCAAUGCGACGGAAUACCUGACUGUUCAGAUGGUGGCGAUGAGGACGCAGAGAUGUGUUCCCAGAAGACGUGCCAUCCAGGACAGUUCCAGUGUGCCAACGGACGCUGUGUGCCAUUGAGCUACGUUUGUGACGCCCAAGACGACUGUGGGGAUCAAUCUGAUGAGCCAUAUAAUACCUGCAUGGGUCCAGACUACAAGUGUGACGAGCACACCGAAUUCUCCUGCAAGACAAACUACCGCUGCAUCCCUCUGUUUGACGUCUGUGAUGGCGAAAACGACUGCCUUGACAACAGUGACGAGCAAGGCUGCGAGGAGGUGACCUGUGAUCCUAUGGGAGAUUUCAGAUGUGACAACCACCGCUGUGUCCCAAUCCGCUGGCAGUGUGAUGGCAUUGACAACUGUGGUGAUGGCUCGGACGAAAGGAACUGCCAGCCAAGGCCUUGCUCUGAAAGCGAGUUUCAGUGUGACAACGCACAGUGCGUCCCUGGAAACUGGGUGUGUAACUUUAUCGACGACUGCGGGGACAGCUCAGAUGAGCGGGACUGUGAGUUGCUGACCUGUCGUCCAGGUUUUUUCCAGUGUGACUCGGGUCACUGCAUCCCCGCUGCUCUGCAGUGUGAUGGCCGGCCUGAUUGUGAAGACCUGUCAGAUGAGACCAGCUGUCCAACUCGUUACCCAGGAGGCCGUUGGUGCCCUGAGCACCAGUUCCAGUGCGACAACCAUCUGUGUGUGAACCAGAUGUGGGUGUGUGAUGGCACUGAUGACUGUCUCGACCGCUCAGACGAGCAACUCAGCUUGUGCUUGACUGUCACCUGUGAGAUGCCGUCCAAGUUCCGCUGUGCAAAUGGCUACUGCAUCUACGCCGCCCUGCUGUGCAACCAGAACGACGAUUGUGGAGACGGCAGUGACGAGACGGAGGAACAUUGCCGGGAGCCCACACUGGCCCCCUGCACACUGGAAGAGUUCAAAUGCACCAACGGACACUGUGUGGCCCUGCCGUACGUAUGUGACCACAAUGACAACUGUGGCGACCGCACAGACGAAUUGGGCUGCAAUUUUGGCCACGAUCGGACCUGUGAAGAGAACCUGUGUCAGCACGAGUGCACCAACCUGGAAGGUACCGGCUUCAUCUGCUCCUGCAGACCCGGAUACAGAGUGGACCCCGACAACACCUACACUUGCCAGGACAUCAAUGAGUGUGAGGUGUACGGCACUUGUCCUCAGCUCUGUAAGAACACCAAGGGCAGCUACGACUGCGAGUGCGCUCCCGGCUACCGGAAAGUGGGCGACGGCAACAUGUGCGAGGCUGAAGGUGCGACUCCCCUGCUGCUUCUACCAGAGAACAUCCGUAUCCGGAAAUUCAAUCUGCAGACAGAGGCCUACCACGACUUCCUAGAAGAAGAGGAGCACAUCAUGGCUCUGGACUACGACUGGGACCACAACAACACCAAAUUCAGUAUGGUGUACUUUACUGUAGCCUCUCAGGACUCUGUAGCAGGUGCCAUUAAGAGAGCAUACAUACCUUCAGUGGAUGAUGGUAGUAACAACAUCGGUGCUGCUGUCGACCUCAACAUCAAGUACAUCACCACACCAGACGGCAUCGCUGUGGACUGGGUGGGCAGGAACCUUUACUGGGCAGAGUCCAGGGUGAGGAGGUUAGAGGUGGCCAAGUUGGACGGACGCUACAGGAAGCACAUAGUCAACGUUGAGCUGGACCAUCCGUCUGCUGUGGCUGUCAACCCACGACUGGGGAUGUUGUACUGGGCGGAUCGUGGAGACACAGCCAAAAUCGAGUGCUCUUGGAUGGACGGCCAGGAGAGGAAAGUCCUAGUGGGUGAUGGCCUGGGUUGGCCCACUGGCCUGUCAAUCGACUUCACCAACGGUGACAGAAUCUACUGGUCUGACUCCAAGGAAAGCCGCAUAGAGUCUGUUUUGCCUUCGGGAGACGACCGUAAAACUGCUGUCUACAUAGAUGUGAGAAACCCCUUCAGCGUGAGCGUGUUCGAGGACGACGUGUACUGGAGCACUCAGGACAAAGGCGAGGUGUUCCGGCAGAACAAGUUCGGCCUCGGAGUCAAGACCAAGCUGUUGACUGCCGGGCCCUGGCUGACCCAGGUCUCUGUGUUCCAGCAGCAGAGAUACAACUCCAUAGCCAUGACAAAUCCCUGCAAGGGAACCUGCAGCCACCUGUGUUUGCUCCGACCGGGCGGCUACACCUGCGCCUGCCCCGAGGGCUCCGACUUCAUCCCAGGCAGCCACACUGAAUGUGAUGCUGUUGGAAUAGCAAUUGGGGUGACGGUGGCGAUUGUGCUUCUGCUAGUUGCUCUGGUCUUCAUUGCCAGGAAGAAGUCCAACCUAGUGGAGAGGCUACGGAAUAACUUGCCCAGCAUGCCCAGCAUGCCCAGCAUGCCAUCCAUGUCCAACCUGCCAAGCUUCAGAAACGGUUCAACUCCAAAUGCAUCAGAUGGAAAUGGAUGCCAGGUGCCAUGCAUGACUGUGUCCAUGGUGGACACGGACGGGAAGAGUUUUGAGAACCCGGCAUAUGAAACUGGACAACGGCCUGCUGCCGCACACAUGGUGACAGCCACAUCUGCCCCUGCUGGAACAAACAAGGGGGCUUUCGAGAACCCAGCAUUCGGGUCAGACGUAGAAGAUGCUGACUUCACUCCUGCACAACCAGCUGCUUCGAGCACGCAGGUAGCCAUGAAGACACAUGCCAAGAUGUUGCACACUGUUUACAGCUCCAUGUCUGAAAACAGCGAUUACAUGCUGUGA